AAAACCGAAACAGUUGAUUUGUUUAACUAUGAUAGUGCGUUCAUGUGAACAGCGCCGUGUUUAUUUUCUGACGUUGGGCUUAUUUGACUCGGAAAGCGGUGCGUUGGAAUAAUUUGUGUUAGGUUGUAGCCAGCGAGCUAACUCGGCUAAGCUACAUUGAAAGCUCGCGGUUGCUCACGGAAAUUGUGCAUCGUCGUGAACUCGAAUGCUAUCAUUUCAUCUCAACACUAUAGAUCGUGUUUGUAGCUGUUGGUGGUUGGGGUUAGCUUCGGCUAACUAAUGCUCCGUGUCGUGGCCUUGCGUUAAUGCGCAAGUCAGUGUCUCGCUAUUAUGUAAACAACAUAUAUACACAUAAUAUCCUGACACCACCUUUCGCUCGCUGACUGAGACAAGGCAUCCAAGGCGAAUAUUCGUGUUAUAGGAAUGCCCAAGGAAAAAUAUGACCCGCCGGAUCCCAGGCGGAUGUACACAAUUAUGUCCAGCGAGGAGGCAGCCAAUGGGAAGAAGUCAUACUGGGCUGAGCUGGAAAUCAGUGGCCGUGUAAGGAGUCUGAGCACAGCUUUGUGGUCUCUCACCCACCUCACUGCCCUGCACCUAAGUGACAACUCGUUGUCACGCAUCCCACCAGACAUUGCCAAAUUACACAACCUGGUGUACCUGGAUCUAUCGUCCAACAAGAUCAGAAGCCUGCCGGCGGAGCUCGGCAACAUGGUGUCUCUCAGGGAACUGCUUUUAAAUAACAACCAGUUGCGGGUUCUGCCAUUUGAAUUGGGGAAACUGUUUCAGUUACAAACACUGGGGUUGAAAGGAAACCCGCUUGCACAAGAAAUUCUGAGCCUCUACCAGGAACCUGACGGCACGCGGCGACUGCUUAAUUAUUUGUUAGACAAUCUGGCAGGGGCUAUCAAGCGCAUGCCGGCAGAGCAGCCCCCAGCUCGGUCAUGGAUCUCUCUGCAGGAACCAGAUCGAACUCGGGCCUCAGCACUGUUCUCUGUGAUGUGCUACAAUGUGCUGUGUGAUAAGUACGCCACACGACAGCUAUAUGGUUACUGUCCCUCCUGGGCUCUAAACUGGGAAUACAGGAAGAAAUCAAUCAUGCAGGAGAUCCUGGGCUGCAAUGCCGACAUCAUCAGUUUACAGGAGGUUGAAACGGAGCAGUACUACAACUUCUUCUUGCCAGAGUUGAAAGAGCAGGGCUACGAUGGGUUCUUCAGUCCGAAGUCACGAGCCAGGACCAUGUCGGAGUCGGACCGUAAACACGUGGACGGAUGUGCAAUUUUCUACAAGACAGAAAAGUUCAGUGCAGUUCAGAAACACACAGUAGAGUUCAACCAGCUGGCCAUGGCGAACUCUGAGGGCUCGGAGGCCAUGCUGAACAGGGUGAUGACCAAGGACAACAUCGGGGUCGCUGUGCUGCUCGAAGUCCGCAAAGAGAUGAUGGAGCUUUCCUCUGGGAAAUCCCUCCAUGGCAUGGAGAAGCAGCUAAUGCUGAUAGCCAAUGCCCACAUGCACUGGGACCCGGAAUACUCUGACGUGAAGCUGGUCCAGACCAUGAUGUUCCUGUCGGAGGUGAAGAGCAUAGUGGACAAGGCCACGCGCAGCCUCAAGCUGUCUUCUGUCUCUGGUGAAACUAAUGCCAUUCCACUGGUGCUGUGUGCUGACCUCAACUCCUUGCCUGACUCUGGCGUAGUGGAGUACCUGAGUACUGGCGGAGUGGACUGCACCCACAAGGACUUUAAAGAGCUGCGUUACAGCGACUGUCUGACCAAAUUCAACUGCAACGGCAAGAACAGCACGUCCAACGGCAGGAUCACCCACGGCUUCAAGCUGAAGAGCGCUUACGAGAAUGGCCUGAUGCCUUACACCAACUACACCUUUGACUUCAAGGGUGUCAUUGACUACAUUUUCUACUCCAAGCCUCACCUGAACAUGCUGGGUAUCCUGGGCCCCCUGGACCCCCACUGGCUCGUAGAGAACAAUGUCAGCGGUUGCCCACACCCCCACAUCCCCUCCGACCACUUCUCUCUCUUCGCCCAGCUGGAGUUGCUCCUGCCUAAUGUGCCGCCCCAGGUCAACGGGCUCCAUCUCCCUGCCCGCAGGUAGUGAGUCCCUGCCACACCACCGGGGGAGCUGCAAACACAGUCCCUUCCUUUCAACCCUCCUUCCUCCCACUACCAGCUCUUCCCUCCACCACCACUGGAGGAGGAAGACAAAAAAACACAACCUGUAAAAUAUUCGUACAGUGAGGUCUGGCCGACAGGGAUUUCGUAUAAUGUUAUAGAUAUUCUAUAUAUAUUUUUUCCUUUAUUUUUCUCUUUUGCUCUUUUUUAACUGCUUGAUUCAGUCCAUUUUCUGCAUCAAAUUUGUUUUUUUUGGACUCCUCCUUCAAAUCCACCCACAUUGAAUCUGUUGUCCAGACUAAAAGGGAUGGUAGCUCUCUGAUUUGUCCACAAGCGGGGAGGGGCUCUGUUUGCGUUUAGAAACGGGGCAAAAGGUAACUGGGAUCAAAUCCAGCUGAUCAUUUCUAGAGCUGACGGUCUGCUCGUCUGUCUGUCCUGUACAAAUAUAAAACCAGCAAAGACAGCAGACUUGAAACUCCCAGACCUCCAUGAUUAGCUUGUGCAGGUUUUUCCCCUCGUUCUCUGCUUAGCCGUCGUAACUCGCUCGGUCUUUCCUUCAAUGCCAACGUUCCACGACUAGGAUGUCGGAGCAGCUUCAAGCCUGAGGUGGAUAGAGUGCAGCUAGCGCCAGGUGAAAUUUCCCUGCUGUCAUUCUGUGGUGCUGAGGCCGGCUGUGUGCUGCUGGCCUCCCAUGGUGCUACAAGAUAGUCUACACCUCUGACCCCGGGCCCGGUGCAUUAGCUACUAUCGCUUAAAUGCUUCAAGAACCAGGCUUUUUGGGAAAAAAAAACGACAUCCAGGUGUUGGAAGGUGGAGGCACAAUUUGUCAGAGAGAGAACGAUGUGACAAACCAUGAGCAGAGCUACCAUCCCUUUUUACAGACGUCACGCCAGCUAGUACAGUCGUUAGGGUAGUCUUAGACUAAGGGGCUUGUGUGACCCAUGUGUCAUAUUUUAUUGUGGGGCAAAGGGUUUUUUUUUUUUUUUUUAGGCUGAUGGAAAAGGUGAUGGGAGACUAUCGCAAACCUUUACUUUUAAGGUGAUUGCUUUUAGGCAGAGUGAGUGAGUAAUGGCUGAUACCCAGGAGUAAAACCAGCAUUCCUCUCACUGUCAGGGGUUGUCAUCCAACUCCAACACACAUGCAAGCUUACACUCACAUACACACACACAAAAUUACUCACACCCCUCAACACACACACACACUUAUCUUUAUAUACAGGUAAUUUGAAGGCAGAUCUGUAGCACUAUCUCUGAGGCCAGUAGUGACUUUACCCCAGCCAUAAAUUUCACAAACACACAGAAGCAGUGAUUUUUUUUCUUUUUCUUCUUUUCUUUUUCUUUCACAAGUCUUUGUACAGAAUAGAAAUUUAGACUCUCUUUACAUGAUUGUAUAUGAACCACAAAAGACCUGUUUUCUGGCGUUUUUUGUACUAAGAGUAAAUUAUAAUCUGAUUUGAGAAGAGAAAAAAAAAGAUUGUAUUGUAAACUAUGGCUAAAUUUUUAUCCAGUUGAUGUAAGAUGAAUUGAUAUUACCAGCUUGUACAAAAGACGUAAGAAGAGGUUGUUUCAGGCGUUCGUUCUCACUAUUUUGCACUCCCGAGAGAUUAAGUGUAACAAACGUAUCAGUAUUGUUUUGUUUUUUCUUUCUUUCUCCCCUUCAUUUUCUGCCGUUUGAUUUAAUUUCCCGGCACGUUUCUGCGAUUUGUAAAUAGACACCGAUUAACACUCCGCCUGUUGCUUGUUGCCCAUUAACGAAGCCAUCGAUCCACAGCGCUGCCAUAUCACCAGAACCAGUCGCUGCUCACCAGUGACUCCACAUCUGCUCAUUCCCACAUCUCCCCUCCUCUCAUUCUCAUCAGUGACUGGUGGAUAAAACAAACCUUUAAACAAACAAAAAAAAACCCAAACAUGACACCAAACAUCGUGUGCCUCGCUGUAGCAGUCCUCGUCUUGCACUAUUUUGACGAACGCCGGAACAACCUUUUCUCCUUUUAUUUUUAAAUACUGUUGAGACAUUUGUGAAGAUUUUAUGUCUUUAUUUUUUUUUGUUAAAUGUCCUUUUUUAUGAGCUGUGACAAUGUUAUGAUGUGUAUAAUAUCCUUCCUAUUCAUUGAGCUCUCUAGUAAUCAGGUAUGCUUUUCCACCCAUUCUAUUCUCCACUACUUAUGGCUGUCCUCUCUGUUUAAAACCUGACUUUUAAUUUAUUUUUUUUUAUUUUUUAAAUUAUCACCACAAAUCUCCUCAAAUACCAAGUCCUUCAAUCUGUUCCCGGCCAUUAUUUUUAAACCUCCAUCAUCCUGACCUCUGGUCACCCUAAACUGCCCAGCCCACGGACGACACCUACCCCCUGUAUUUACUCGAGUUGCGUCUUUUAACCCAACUUUGUAUAGUUCUCUAACUUGACCCCCGUUCCUGCAGCUAUAGUGCCACCUGUGGACCCUACCUCUGUAUUGGGGCGGGGUAAAGGUGGAAAAGCUGAUCAAGGGAUGAGGUUCAUCCGACUCGGCCUUGCUUGGUUUUUUUUUUUUUUUUUUUUCCUCCAAUUGUUCUCUGAAGGCCAGGCACACACACGUUUCCAAGAUUCUAAAACAAUAUAUAUAUUUCCCCCCGUACAUCACCUACGUCAAAGCUAAAUGAUCGGUCAGUGGUGAGACAACGAAUCCAGCCGCCACGCCGUCACACCGACACACCUGAUGAUUGAGCACUUAGUAGACACGGAUGCAGCUCAUGAGUAAAGAUCUUAUUGCUUGGAUGUAUAUUUUCCAAUGAAAUUUUUUUAAAGCAGGGGUGGGGUGAGCACGCAAGUAGGAAGUCAAUCCUUUGUCUUCAGACCAACAUCUCUCGCCCCUUGUUGUUUGCCCUCCCCUUCAUGUUUUUAAAACCUUUGUUGUUUUCCAAUGAAAACCAAUGUGUCCAGUUUGCAUUUUCUUUUCCUUGAAUGGCAUUAGUAUUGUAGAAAAUUUAAAAAGCUAGCUUUUUUGUAAAGUGUGAAUAAAAGAUGUAUCUCAUGUUUCCUUUCUAAAAUGAUACUGAAUCGUGUUGUUGUUGUUGUGUAAAUCAUGAAUCCUAUGACGGUGUUAAUUUUUUUUUCUUUGUUUUGAUUUAAUUUGAUUUGACUCUCACUCAUCUUGAUUUAUCCAAUCACAAACCAAAUCCGUUGUAGAAAUUAUCACUUUGCCCGGGUGAGGUUGAACAUUCCCGGCAAGGCCUCGUACAAUGAAGGAUUGAUUUUUUUUGGUUUUUUUUGUUUUUUUUGUGCAGGCGUGUCGUGGACAACCUGCAUCCUAGGUGUCGGUUUAGACUUUGAGCACAGGGAUAUUCAGGCUUUUCUUACUCUUGAUUUUAAACUUUGAGCUUUAUUUUUGGAUUGUUGCUUGGCACUAGCUGGACGGUGCUGUUGUCUGGAGGUCAGGGCAGCAGAGCUGUCUGACCGGUGGCGGCGGUGGAGUUGUAGAGAACACCGUUCUGACUGGUGUAAAAUCUGUUUGUGAGACUUGCGCUAAUGUCGUGCCGCUGGUCGCAAGCCUGGUCCUGUGGUGAUUGUUUUUGUUGAUAUUUUUCGAGUUCUGCUAGUUCAUCUCACUCUGUUCUCGUGCAUCACAGUAGUUUAAGUCUGUUACACUAGUUAGCAACUCUUAGUAGUCACUAAUUUGAACUUUUAAGUAGAUUAAAUCGUCCUUUUCUCCUCCCGUAUUUGUCACUUUCGCUGCAGACUUUUGAGUGAAAAUCACAGCUGAAUCUUUCUCGCCCUCGAAGCUUCAGCACGUGGUCAUCGUCAGCUCUCGUGUUUGUCAUAAUUGAACUGUGUCACGAGGGGAGGCUAGGUGUAGUGAUGUUUAAUUUGUUCCCUCCCAGCUUGCAUCGUUGUCAGGGUGCGCACCAAAGCUGCUUGUAGUUGAGUUCUCUGUGGUCGAGCGAGCUGUUCCAGCCACCAGUGAUGUUUUGUUUCUUGUCGUUUCAUCGUCUUCAUAAAAUGUAGGGCUGUAAAGGAAAGCAAGAUACUUUGUCCUUUUCCUUCAAUCUCUCUCUCUCUCUCUCUCUCUCUCUCUCACACACACACACACACACAUACACACCUCCCAGUUCUAACCUAUCCCCGCAGAGAGUUUAGAGUUUAAGUUCUCAGCCCACCACCUCCAUAUAGCUGUAUCUUCUCUAACAACUUGGCAAUAACGUCUAGACAUCGUCAAAAUGGGUUUUUAAACUCUUUUUCCUGGAAAAUGUAGCUCAGCUUCUCAUGAAUUAUUUUGCUGUCCACUUGUUCAAUGCUUGUUGGUUUUGUUCUUCUUAUCUGACAUCUUGUAUAUUUGCUCAUCUCCUCCUCCUGCUGAUCUAGUGGUAGUUGUUCAAUGAUCAGGAUUGUCUAUCUGUAGUCAGCUGAGUACAUAUAUUGAUCUGUGUCACUGUGUUUAUGCACUGGACCAACUAUUGUUUACCAUUCAUGAAAUACCAGCAAAAAAAAAAAAAAAAAGAAAAAAAAAAGAGAGACAAAACACUUGCACAAACGUCGUAGAAUGUCCAUGAACCCAGAUGAGAAAUCAAGGCAGCUGUUUUCAAA